UAGGAAUUUCCCCACUUUUCUACAUCAGUACACGACUUAAUACUUAACUGCUUCUGUAUCGGAUAGAAAAAAUUCAGUAAUAAUAAAUUUAUCUUUUUAUCCCAACCAUGAUGUAUUACUUACCCUAAUUCCCCCAUGACGAAUGUCGGCCCCUGUACUGUUUUGCCGACAUCCGUCAGCCGCCCGUGUUAUCUCCUAAGUUGACAUAUUUCUGAUUAUUCCACGGUUUAAAAAAUGGCCGCCACUUCCCGCAGUAAAUCCCGCCCACCGCGCCAGCACGCCGCCAACAACCCGGCCAUCCGUAUGUUGAUGCAGGAAUUUCAGCAGCUGCAAAAGGAGCCCAACGAGGGCUUCCAGGUGAAAUUGUUGAAAGAAGACAAUCUGUUCGAAUGGGAUGUAGCUAUUUUUGGACCCCCGGAAACCGUGUACGCAGGAGGCUAUUUCCGGGCGGUGAUUAAAUUCCCUCCGGAAUAUCCCUUCUCACCGCCCUCCGUGCGAUUCGUUAAUAAAAUCUGGCAUCCGAAUGUGUACGACAACGGCACCGUGUGCAUCAGCAUCCUGCAUCCGGCCACCAACGACACCCGCUCCGGUGAACUGCCCUGUGAACGGUGGAAUCCCACACAGAACGCCCAUUCCGUCAUCAUGAGCAUCAUCUCCCUUCUCAACGAGCCCAACACCAACAGCCCCGCCAACGUCGACGCCUCGGUCAUGUAUCGGCGCUGGCGGGAGCAAGGCGACAAAGAGUACGAGCGCAUCGUCCGCGAGCAGGUGGAAGCGUCCAAAGCCGAGGCGGAUAAAGACGGCGUCCGUGUACCCACCACCGUGCACGAGUACUGUGUCAAACAGCCCGCCGCCGCCCCACCCGGUGGCGUUCCCUCGGGAUCAUCCAAACGCGGGGACUUCCACUUUCCCUCCAGUGACCUCACCGAGGACAUGGAGUACGAGGAGAACGAGGAUGUGACCAUGCACGACGCCACACGCAAUCACAACUAAUUUUAUUCGAAUUUUGUCCGACACUUUUAAAUUGUAUAACAAUAUAUAAAGGUCAUGUCUGAGAAAAGCAUCAAGUUAUUAGCUGUGAUGUGUAGUAUUCUGAACAGAGAGAAAUGUAGUGUUGGAAUGAUGAUGUCGGAAGCGGCGUUUGGCCUGCGAGCGUUCCCGUUCGUGGUUUUGUCCGUAGAUGAGCGGUUUGCGCACCACACUGUCCGGUUUGCAGAUGUACUCUUCCACGGUCGUCUCGCACUGGCUGCAUUUCACUUCGCAGCACCUAGAAAAAUUAGCGAAAAUGCCGGCUGAAAAGUUUUGCGAUAAAAUGAAUGUGUGCGGAAAAAGUUGCUUUCCGGCUAAUUAAAAAAAAUCAAAUGUAAGAGAAUGAAAA